AUGCCGUCUAAUUCUCGAACAGUAAAUUUAGCUUUGGCAGCUACUGCUGUAGCAAUGGUGCUUAAAACUAAAAAAAAAAGAAAAUGGACUAAAGAUUGGCUACUGAAAAGAUCACAAUAUUCACACAUACAUUUAUUAAACGAAUUACUGUUCCAUCCUGAAUAUUGGCACAAUUAUUUAAGGAUGGAUAAAGAAACCUACUUAGAACUACUUCAGUUAGUUACACCAUUAAUUAUAAAACAAGAUACUCACUUACAAAAAUCAAUUACUCCUCACGAACGACUGACAGCGACAUUGCGUAUUUUAGAUAUAUCGACGAUAUGGCAAUAUGAAAAUAUUUUAAUCAAUAAUACUCUAGACUAA